GAUCGUUGCACACAGCAUUAACAUCAAGUCCGUUGCACUUUUUUUUUUUAAUAAUUCUACAAAAUGUAACCGCAACAAAAAUACUACAUCCAGUACAUUAGUAGCUUAAUACUCCAGAACAUUCGUUUGGUCAUUCAUAUAACAAUAAGAAUUAUUACACUUGUAUACAUUGAAAGAAUGGAAUUUCCCAAGCCUUUCAAUAUGUUUUCAGUCCUUGCCAUCAAUCACAUUUACGACGAAGACGAAGACGAAGACGAAGACGAAGACGAAGAUGAAAACGAAAACGAGUUGGCCAUCCAGUCCGAACCACAAGUCUUAUGGUCACCGAAACGUACACCGAGAAACACUCAUCACUACUGCUAUAGACAGAAGCAUUCUGUCGCCAAACUCCCCCCUUUUCUGAGAAUACCACGCGAGUUGCGAUGGACGAUUUUCGACGAGCUUGUCGCUUCCAUUACAGAGAUCGAAAUUAGCCCAUCAACCAUCGAUACUUUCCACGCUCUGCGUCUCACCACCAAAGGUCUCCGCGAAGAAGUUAUAGGAUGGCAGAGAAAGAGACCCGACAUCAUCAACGCGUUCCCCUACGGCUGUUUCAUCGCAUACCAAACAACAUUCAUUUUGAAAAUCGAUCAUCUCUGGAAAAAAGUCAUCAAGCACAAGACGGUUUCCGGAUCCCAUGUCACGUUCAAGAGCGGCCACAAACACAAAAAGCAGAUUCGCAGCCUGCCCGAAACAAAAGGUAUCAAGCACAUGACGAGAGAACAAGCAUGGUACAGUUUCUGCCGCACAGUGCAACCACGCCAUAUGGCAAAGAUGCAUCUCAAGUUCGAGAUUUCGCUACCAGAAGAACUGGAGCCCACAAGUCACGGCCACGGACUAAGCCAAGUUUCGCGCGAGGAGUUAUUCAACAUCCUAGCCGCAUCCAGAUAUCAAGAAGAAUCGUGGGCCUCGCAGCGACUGUACGUGCGCGGCACCAUGGCCCAACUCGCUAGCAUGUACGAGACGGAUACGCUUGCCCACAUUGGGGACGCAGUGCACAUGAUACAGAAAACGACAUUUGACGCCGAAAAGUGGGGAUUGUUUCGGGAUUCCCAGUGGGACGUUGACAAGUACGAUACGCUCUCAUAUCCAUUUGGGGCGACGUAUUGGGAAGAUGAGAAAUACAGGAUAUAUGAGAAGAGGAGGGAUGGGACGGACGUUUAUGAAUAUGGUGGGAGGGUUAUGGAGGCGGUGAUUGCAUCGGCGGAGGAGAUCCGGAGGGGUCCGCCGUUUGCAUCGCAACCUUUUUUUCCCGCUCCUGUGAAUGAGGAAGAGACAUAUGUGCUCGCGACGGGCUCGUUAUAGGGCACAGCAUGUUUGUGAAGAAAUGGAUGGGAAUUGGAUUAUAAAUAUCCAGUCGUGGAUUAGAAUAAGCAAUAGCGUUCGUUGUUGGUGUCUGCUAGCGAAGGUUCUUCAAAUCUUGUAAUUGGGUUGAAUACUUUACACCUCAGCAUUGAGAAUUGCAUCCCUAGUUUGAAAAAGAUACA